AUGCGGGGAGGAAUCGAACAUCCGUUCGGUAGAAGAGAUAGAGGAGUAGGUUCCAGAAGCAGGGAUCAAAACAGGAUGCAGAGGUACGUACACCACACUCCACUAAAUGCGCCCCGAACGAGAGUGUUGGAGGAGGCGUUAAGGGCGGACCUAAUAGCAGUGGUGCAAAUACCUACACCGGCUGGAGUUGACAAAAGUAAAUACUGCCGGUAUCAUCAAAAUCGUGGACACACCACAGAAGAUUGUGUCACGUUAAAGGAUAAAUUAGAAGCCCUCGUUCAAGCGGGGCAUCUGCAGAGGUUCGUCCAGAGAAGAGGGUCGUUAGGCAGAACCAGACCAUCAUUAACACGACGAGACCCGCAAGUGAGAAAUCAGCAAAGAGCUGAUCGGAGCAGAAGCAGGAGUACCGAACGGGUGGUCAGGGGAGUGAUCAACACGAUUUCAGGAGGAUUCGCAGGAGGCGGUUCAACAUCAGCAGCCAGAAAGAGGCACCUCAGAAAUUUACACAGUGCCAGCCGGGCGGGCCCGUCCAGGAGGUCUAUGCCAACUAUCACAUUUUCAGAUGAAGAUUUUCACGCACCUGAUCUGGAGCAAGAUGACCCGAUGGUCAUAACGGCCAUGAUUGCCAAAUACCAAGUCAACAAAGUCCUAGUGGAUCAAGGCAGUUCGGCCAAUAUCCUCUACUGGAAAACAUUCAGGCAAAUGGAGAUAUCAGAGGAUGCUAUCAUGCCUUUCAAUGAGCAAAUUGUAGGGUUCGUUGGGGAAAGGGUGGACACAAAAGGAUACGUAGACUUGAGGACCAGUCUGGGAGCUGACAGAAAGGCCAAAGAAGUAAAGGUGCGUUUCUUGUUAGUGGAGGCCGAUACGUCAUAUAACAUUCUCCUUGGACGACCUUGCUUGAACAUGUUUGGGGCUAUUGUCUCAACUCCGCAUCUGACUUUGAAAUACCCUGCCGAUGAUUGGCAAGUAUGUACUGUUAGGGCCGAUCAGAAGAUGGCUCGAGAAUGUUACGCAGCAGGAUUAAAGAUAAAGCCCCGAACGACUGCUUUUUGA